CAGCGCGCAGCAGCGAUGAGCCGGAGAGGCGACGAGCGCCGACGGACGCGUCCCGCGGCGGAGGGGCCGGGCGCCCCGUCGGAGGGGCUGGCGGCCCGGAGCAGCGCCCAGCAGCGCCCCGGCCGCCCGGCGAGCCCGGGGCCCCCAUGGAGCCGGAGCGGCGGAGCCCAGUCGCCGAGCAGUAGCCGCGCAAGUGGGAUGUUUACCUGGCGGUGCCUCAUCCUCUGGGCUGUGCUGGUCACAGCCACGCUGUCGGCGGCGAGGCCGGCCCCGACCCUGCCCGAGCAAGUUCUGCCCAAAGCGCAAAUCGAAGUGGAGGCCUAUUCAGCCCACCCGGGGGACCUCCUCCAGUUGCGCUGCCGGCUGAGGGAUGACGUCCAGAGCAUCAACUGGGUGCGAGACGGGGUCCAGCUGGCGGAGAACAACCGGACGCGCAUUACCGGGGAGGAGGUAGAGGUCAGGGACGCUGUGCCCGAGGACUCGGGGCUCUAUGCCUGCAUGACCAACAGCCCCUCGGGAAGCGAGACCACCUACUUCUCCGUGAACGUCUCAGACGCACUGCCCUCCGCGGAGGAUGACGACGACGAAGACGACUCCUCCUCGGAGGAGAAGGAGGCGGAUAACACCAAGCCGAACCAGGCCGUAGCUCCCUACUGGACCUAUCCCGAGAAGAUGGAGAAGAAGCUCCACGCCGUCCCCGCGGCCAAAACGGUGAAGUUCAAGUGCCCGUCGGGCGGGACGCCCAACCCCACGCUGCGCUGGCUCAAGAACGGCAAGGAGUUCAAGCCCGACCACCGCAUCGGCGGCUACAAGGUCCGCUACGCGACCUGGAGCAUCAUCAUGGACUCCGUGGUGCCGUCCGACAAGGGCAACUACACCUGCAUCGUGGAGAACAAGUACGGCAGCAUCAACCACACCUACCAGCUGGACGUCGUGGAGCGCUCCCCGCACCGGCCCAUCCUCCAGGCCGGGCUCCCGGCCAACAAGACGGUGGCGCUGGGCAGCAACGUGGAGUUCGUGUGCAAGGUGUACAGCGACCCGCAGCCCCACAUCCAGUGGCUGAAGCACAUCGAGGUGAACGGCAGCAAGAUCGGCCCCGACAACCUGCCCUACGUGCAGAUCCUGAAGACGGCUGGAGUUAACACAACAGACAAGGAAAUGGAAGUGCUUCACUUAAGGAAUGUCUCCUUUGAGGAUGCUGGGGAGUAUACAUGUUUGGCGGGUAAUUCUAUUGGGAUCUCCCAUCACUCUGCAUGGUUGACAGUUCUCGAAGCUAUUGAGGACACGCCUGCCAUGAUGACUUCCCCCCUCUACCUGGAGAUCAUCAUCUACUGCACGGGGGCCUUCCUCAUCUCCUGCAUGGUCGUCACCGUCAUCAUCUACAAGAUGAAGAGCACCACCAAGAAGACCGACUUCAACAGCCAGCUGGCCGUGCACAAGCUGGCCAAGAGCAUCCCGCUGCGCAGACAGGUAACAGUCUCGGCCGACUCCAGCUCCUCCAUGAACUCGGGGGUGAUGCUGGUCCGGCCCUCGCGGCUCUCCUCCAGCGGCACCCCCAUGCUGGCCGGCGUCUCCGAGUACGAGCUCCCCGAAGACCCGCGCUGGGAGCUCCCGCGGGACAGGCUGAUCCUGGGCAAGCCCCUGGGAGAAGGCUGCUUCGGGCAGGUGGUGCUGGCGGAAGCCAUCGGCCUCGACAAGGACAAGCCCAACCGCGUGACCAAAGUGGCGGUGAAGAUGCUCAAGUCCGACGCCACGGAGAAGGACUUGUCCGACCUCAUCUCCGAGAUGGAGAUGAUGAAGAUGAUCGGGAAGCACAAGAACAUCAUCAACCUGCUGGGAGCCUGCACGCAGGACGGCCCGCUCUACGUGAUCGUGGAGUACGCGUCCAAGGGCAACCUGCGCGAGUACCUGCAAGCCCGGCGGCCCCCCGGCAUGGAGUACUGCUACAACCCCGCCCGUGUCCCCGAGGAGCAGCUCUCCUUCAAGGACCUGGUGUCCUGCGCCUACCAGGUGGCCCGGGGCAUGGAGUACCUGGCCUCCAAGAAGUGCAUCCACAGGGACCUGGCGGCCAGGAACGUCCUGGUGACCGAAGACAACGUGAUGAAGAUCGCCGACUUCGGCCUGGCCCGCGACAUCCACCACAUAGAUUACUACAAGAAGACGACUAACGGUCGCUUGCCGGUGAAGUGGAUGGCACCAGAGGCCUUGUUCGACCGCAUCUACACUCACCAGAGCGACGUGUGGUCCUUCGGCGUGCUGCUGUGGGAGAUCUUCACGCUGGGCGGCUCGCCCUACCCCGGCGUGCCGGUCGAGGAGCUCUUCAAGCUGCUCAAGGAAGGCCAUCGGAUGGACAAGCCCAGCAACUGCACCAACGAGCUGUACAUGAUGAUGCGGGACUGCUGGCACGCGGUCCCCUCGCAGAGACCCACCUUCAAGCAGCUGGUGGAGGAUCUCGACAGGAUCGUGGCCAUGACCUCCAACCAGGAGUACCUGGAUCUCUCCAUGCCGCUGGAUCAGUAUUCCCCCGGCUUCCCGGACACCCGCAGCUCCACCUGCUCCUCGGGAGAGGACUCCGUUUUCUCCCACGACCCCCUCCCGGACGAGCCUUGUCUUCCCAAGUACCCGCCCCAGCACAGCAACGGCGGCCUGAAGCGACACUGAGGGUGCCGCGCGCGGCGGCGGACUGCAGACCCCGGCGCCCCGGCUGCCGGCUGCCGGCACGGUGCUGCCCACGGCCGUGCCGAGCGCGUGCCCGAGGUUCCAAGGACAUCACCUAGCAUCUCACCUAACCAACCACCUACGUCUCAACCCAGCUUCUCCUGCCGCCUUAGCUGUGAACGCUGCAGCCCAGAGGUUUUGGGUUUGAUUUUUGGGUUUUUUAAACUCUCUUCCGUAAAAUCCGUGCUUGGAUAUUUCCACCUGGUUAAACCCAAGUCCUCCUCUUUGGCCGGCGCCGUGCGGGAGAACCAGGCAGCUUCGGGGAGGUGACGCCCGGGCAGGGCAGGCAAAGCUGGGCUCUCGCAGCCCCGUGACUCGCACGCCGACGGCUCGGUAAGCCGGCGCCAGCCCUGCGCGGGGAUUUCGGGGCGGCUCGGCGGCUGGUGAGGUUGUGCGAGCCGGGCAGCGCUGGAGGCGUCUCCCGUGCGGGCGGCGCGGGGCCCUGCCGCUCGGGUCCUGCCGCGCGAGGUGGUCUGCGGCGGGUCCCGAGAGCGCGCGAGUGCCGGCACCGAUCCGCUUUGCUGACCAAACUCGUGGCACCUGGAAGCGGGAGAUGCACCGUACACAUCUGCUCAGCACCGACAGCAGAGGCAGCCAGACACACCAGUGCUAAAGCAAGAGUCUCGUGUACAUAGCUAAAAGUAUGUAUAAAUAUGAAUAUAUAUUUACAUGUCUUUUUAAAAGGGUUGUUACCAGAGAUAUACCAGUUUGGUAGUAAGGUACUAGUGGCUGGUAGAUAUCAGUUGCUAUAAAAAAAAAAAGUUCAUAUAUUUUGCUACUUUUGCUGUUUUUAUUUUUUUAAAUUAUGUUCUAAACCUAUUUCAGUUUAGGUCCCUCAAUAAGAAUUGCUGCUGCUGCUUCAGUUUUAUAUGGGGUUUUAUUAAACAAUAAUAAUAAUAUGUUGAUGCCUUUUGGGAAUAUGUUGUCAUUAUAUAAAUGGCCUUUCCCUUAACCUCCCUAACCCCCCUGCGGGCUCUGGUGCUCGGGGCCGAGGGGCCUCUGGCGAUGCCCAGAUUUGGGCGCUGCCGGGAGCUCCCGGUCCCCGUACCGGCCCGUGGGCCCGCGGCGGCAGGGCGCUGGGGAGCCGGUGCGCCCACAGCGCCAGCGCCAGAGUCGGGACUCUGCCCCGGGGAGAGGAGAAGAGCCCCCUUCCCAGCUGUAGCCAUGAGGCUUUUGCUCUUUUUAGGGAAGAGCGGAGAGCCUUGGUGCCUGUGCAGGCGCGUGCAGGCGCGUGCAUGCAUGUGCAUGCAUAUGCAGGCGUCUGCAUGCAUGUGCAAGUGUGUGCAUGCGUGUGCAUGCACGUGCAUGCCUGUGCCGGCGUGUGCAGGUCCCUGGCGCUGCCCCGGCUCUGCUCCCAGCGUGGAGCCGCCGCGGCGCCCGGCCCCGCGCAGCCCCGGUGCCUGGCCAUGCCCGCGAGUGCCUUAGGGGCGCCGGGCCUGGGGCCGCCCCGCCGCGGUGGGGAGGACGCCUGGUCCCCGGCACCCUCGCCGCCCGGCUCCGCUUUUGCCAAACUUUCCCCGGGCGCCGCUGCUGGAGCCGUUCCCGCAGCGGCGCUCGCUGCGCCCCGAGCCCCGAGCCCUGCCUUUACUGGGAGCAACAAGUGCAUUUGGGGGCCCCGGGAGGGCACCGGGCUCUCCCCGGCCGAGGCCGCAUCCCGCGCGCCCCGGCCCGCAGUGCCUGACGCGGGAGCAGCCCCGGGGCGCGCGGCUCGGCCGGCGGCGAGCACACCCCUCCCGCUCGUCGCUGGCGCUGACGCUCCGGGGCCAGGACGCUGUUACUUGAAAAGUUUAUUUUGCCUUUGUAUGGAGAAAUAUUAUUUGUUGUAAACUCUUCUGUAAUGAAUCUGGAAUUCUUGUAAUUAUUAAAAGACUUUAACCACGA